UGGGCGCACACCCCGCCCAUUGACCCGGAACUGUUCUCUGCCAGGGAGUUCGGUCCCCCAAGCCCCGCUUCCGCGCCUGCGCACCAAAGCGGCUCUGAUGCCGGGGGCCUCCGCGGAAGAGGGAAGAUGGCGCUUGACGGGCCUGAGCAGAUGGAGCUGGAAGAGGGGAAGGCAGGCAGUGGACUCCGCCAGUAUUAUCUGUCCAAGAUUGAAGAACUCCAGGUAAGAGGUCCUGAGGGAGCUGGAAGGGCUUCGGUGAAGGAUCGAUGGAGCGGAUUUCUAGAAAGCCGUAUGAUUCCACUGGGGCGCAGUGGAAGAAGCAAGAAGCCAAGGCUGAUUGUGAAUGACAAGAGCCAGAAUCUCCGCAGGCUGCAAGCACAGAGGAAUGAGCUUAAUGCAAAAGUUCGCCUGUUGCGAGAGGAGCUACAGCUACUGCAAGAACAGGGCUCCUAUGUGGGGGAAGUAGUCCGGGCCAUGGACAAGAAAAAAGUGUUGGUUAAGGUGCAUCCCGAGGGCAAGUUUGUCGUAGACGUGGACAAGAACAUCGACAUCAAUGAUGUGACACCCAAUUGCCGGGUGGCUCUCAGAAAUGAUAGCUACACUUUGCACAAGAUCCUGCCCAACAAGGUAGACCCGCUGGUGUCACUGAUGAUGGUGGAGAAAGUGCCAGAUUCAACUUACGAGAUGAUUGGUGGACUGGACAAGCAGAUCAAGGAGAUCAAAGAAGUGAUCGAGCUGCCCGUGAAGCAUCCUGAGCUCUUUGAAGCGCUGGGCAUUGCACAGCCCAAGGGAGUGCUGCUAUACGGACCCCCAGGCACUGGGAAGACACUGCUGGCCCGAGCUGUGGCCCAUCAUACAGACUGCACCUUUAUUCGCGUCUCUGGAUCUGAGCUGGUACAGAAGUUCAUCGGGGAAGGGGCAAGGAUGGUGAGGGAGCUGUUUGUCAUGGCCCGAGAACACGCUCCAUCUAUCAUCUUCAUGGAUGAAAUCGACUCCAUUGGCUCCUCGCGGCUGGAGGGGGGCUCUGGAGGGGACAGUGAAGUCCAGCGCACGAUGCUGGAGCUGCUCAACCAGCUGGACGGCUUCGAGGCCACCAAAAAUAUCAAGGUUAUCAUGGCCACUAAUAGGAUUGACAUCCUGGACUCGGCGCUGCUCCGCCCAGGGCGCAUCGACAGAAAAAUUGAAUUCCCACCCCCCAACGAGGAGGCCCGGCUGGACAUUUUGAAGAUCCAUUCUCGGAAAAUGAACCUGACCCGGGGCAUCAACCUGAGAAAAAUUGCUGAGCUCAUGCCAGGAGCAUCAGGCGCUGAAGUGAAGGGCGUGUGCACCGAAGCCGGCAUGUACGCGCUGCGGGAACGGCGAGUCCAUGUCACCCAGGAGGACUUUGAGAUGGCCGUAGCCAAGGUCAUGCAGAAGGACAGCGAGAAAAACAUGUCCAUCAAGAAGCUAUGGAAGUGAGGCAGGUGUCUUUCGUGUGGAUUCCCUCAAAUAAAGCUCUGCAGGACAAGC